AUGGGGUCGUGGCACGACAUGGCCGAGUCCGCCGUGCUCGAGCGGUACGCCCGCGGCGAUGCUAGUCAGGAUCUCGUCGAUGCAUGGCCGUCUCUGCGCCCGCACCUUUGCCAGCGCCUCCGUGACAAUGUGCGCGCGUUCCCCGUCCACACCGAGCCGCACCUACACAAGGCAGCGCCCCUCGCCGACCUGCUGCGCGACGAUCCCACCCUGAUCGAGCGGCCGUCCGCCGCCAUCGAGCUCCUCAUGACCGAGCACGACAUCACUCCCGACGACACCCGCGGCUUCGUCCCCGCACGCGCGCCGCCGCCCUCGGCCGCCUGGCCCACUUGGGACGCCGCUCUCGACGGCAGCCACGUCGACCGCGUCUGCGAGCAUGUGUGUGCGAUGCUCGAUGACUUUGACGCGCCGCCUUGCACGAUGCAGCGCGUCGCCGAACUGCUCCUCGAGCCCACGAAGCAGUACCACACGCGCUCCAAGUACCUCGGCGCCCUGCGCCGCGUCCUCGGCGUCACCGGCACACUGCGCCAGGCGCCGACGUCGCCGCCCCGGCCGGCGCAGCCGGGCGAAGCGCACGACGCCACCGUGCCCUGCGGCCGCGUCGACGAGCUCGACUCGAGCACCGCGCACGGCACCGUCGCCCGCACCGCGCAGCCCCUCAGCGCCGCCACUUUGGUCGACACGCCCCAGCGCCAGCGUUCAUGA